AUGGCUUUGCUGACUACUGGCAAUCGAACAGAAAAUACGUGCAGUCCUGCUUUGCUUCAAGUGAAGUCUACCAUUGCAAUGCUGCUUGAGAAACAGUUAGGACCAUUGGUCGAUGCUAUAAAGAGCAAAAAGAGAAAAGUCACUUUCUUCUGUGGGGCCGGGAUAUCUACCGCCUGUGGUAUACCCGAUUUCAGAAGCCCCAAAACGGGACUCUAUGCCAACUUACAACGGUUGAAUCUUCCAUACGCAGAGGCUGUCUUUGAUAUCGAUUACUUCAAAAAAGACCCAAAGGCUUUCUACACAUUAUGUCAAGAGUUAUAUCCGGGAAAGUUUGUACCUUCCAAAUUUCACUUUUUGAUGAAGCUAUUUCAAGAUAAGGGAUUAUUACACCGGGUGUACACCCAGAACAUAGAUACGCUUGAGCGGAUUGCUGGAGUCCACGGUGAUUUUAUUGUUGAGGCACAUGGGUCUUUUGCAGAAAAUCAUUGCAUCGACUGCAAGGAACCAAUGUCAACCGAAGAGUUGAAGAAACAUAUGAAUUCUGACGUCAACGAUGGCAUUCCUACUUGUGCAUCGUGUAAAGGGUAUAUCAAGCCUGACAUUGUCUUCUUUGGUGAAGGAUUGCCUGAAAGGUUCUUUCAAUUGUGGGAGGAAGAUGCGGAUGUGGUUGAUGUUGCUGUGGUAGCUGGAACUUCCCUCACAGUCUUUCCAUUUGCUCUGUUGCCCGCAGAAUGUGGGAAAAAUGCAUUAAGGGUUUUGAUUAACAAAGAGGUUGUAGGUGACUUCAAAGCCCGGAAACGGAAAUCUGACAUCAUUCUUCAGUAUGAUUGUGAUCAUAUUGCCACUGUACUUGCUGAUCUUUUAGGUUGGUCUGAGGAACUAGCAGCAUUGGUAGAUCUGGCAACUAAAGAGACUAUACUUGUUGAAGAAAAAAGCGAUGAAGCUGAAAGUACAAGGGUUAGUUCACAUGAAGAAAGCGAAUCCUCGAGUGAUUCAUCGAACGAAUCAUUCAAGGAUGCAAUUCUGUUCCCAGCAGAAGCUCAGUCAAUGGACAGCACAGACGAAUUGGAUGCGCAAAUGGGUAAACUAGGACUUGAGUAG